AUGGCGAUGCUCUUCGCCGAUAUGAUUUUCAACGGACUUUCGGUCAUGUGCUACGGGAGCAAUAUGCUUCUUCUGCUGAUUUAUAUGUCAGUAGAAAUUAUAGAAUCUUUAGAAUUUCGGAGGAUUUCAGACUACAAGACACGUUGCUCAUCAGUUCCGCCCUAGUGCUCUUCGUCUCGUUCACGGCUACAUUUGUCUUCCAACUCGGGCUCAUUCACAUUGUAAUCCUUCAGUUUCUGCCGACCGUCAUCGUCUCCAUAGCCUACAUAAUGCUCUCGAUCGGUUAUCAUUAUGCCAGUUUGGUUAGUUUCACGUUUGCAGAACAGUUGCAAGUGCAGGUGUCGUUCAAUUUCUUGGAAAUGAAAUGUUUCGCGUGGAAGCUUUUGCAUUCUUUGACCUUUCUCGCGCAAGCACACGUUUGUGAAAGGACAUUGUAAGUACAGUAAUCCUUCAGAGUACAACUUGGGACGACCAAUCGAUCAGCAUCUUCCGCAGUAUCCCACUCCUUUCCUUUUUCAUUUUUCACAAGUUCUUUGCGUGUAUAUUCUAUUCCUUAUACAAAAGAAGCGCUCUCCAGAUGUCAGACCCCAAAUACAAUUCAGAUUCUACUUGGCUCAGAGAGCUAUUCUUAAAGCACUGGGAGAAGAAGGAGGCCAGAAGAGAGGCUAGAGAAGCUAAUAACUGAUUUGAUUACUUUUUUUCGUUAUUAUGUUUUUCUCUUUGAUAAAGUACUUAUUUUGACAAAGUCUAUUUUCUAAGAGUGUGAUGACGUCACCGCACCAAUAUUACGCAAGUUUGUGUUGGCGCAUUCCUCGUGCUACUUUGCGCGCGAACAAAUAUAUUUUCAAAUAAUUUUUUAAGGGUUUUCCUAUUGACUGCUCAUUUAAUCCAAAAUUCUUCAGAAUUUAACAUGUCCGAGCGUAAAAAUACUCAAAAUUUGCAUGUUGCAAUCAAGAUCAAUAGAAAAAUGUAAGCUAAAAAUAACCUACUUAUUUAAAUAAUAAUUGUUUCUAGUCCAAAGUCCACUGUGCAAUCAAGAUUAUCGGAAAUCGAACAACUGAUCAAAUCACAUGCGUCUAUCGCCAGAAAUUGGAAGCCAUUAACACCCGAGGAAAAAGAAAACAUACCUGAUUCGAGUAAUGAAACACCGAGUAAGUUAACCAUGAAACAUUCUGGAAAAUCCGUAUAAGUAAUGCUCUCAAUUUUCUUCUUUCAGUUUCUGAACUGUUCGAAAGGCUGGUGCUCGGGACGUGGGAACUAAAAGACGGAGAAAAGUUUGAAAAUCUGGACAAUUUCACCGCAAACUCCACGAACAUUCAUGUCUACAAACUGAAUACGGACGGUCCACUCUCGCAAAGUAUCGGAGAAGAAGGCGACGAGGAGAACAUUGUCGGAUCGCAACUCUGGCAGCUACCGUGUAUCGAAUUUGAAAAUAUCUGGGAGAACCUGAUUUACGAGUCAAAUCUCAAGAAUGAGGUGAUGUCUUACGUGUAUGCUCUUGUUCGGCUCUCGGAGAAACACGUCAACACGAAGAUCAUCAAUGUAAACCGCCUGAUUCUGCUCACGGGACCGCCCGGAACAGGCAAGACUUCACUGUGCAAAGGACUCGCUCAACAUCUCUCAAUUCGCCUGAAUGAUCGGUUUCCUCACUCCGUCAUGGUCGAGGUCAACAGUCACAGCCUCUUCUCCAAGUGGUUCUCCGAAAGUGGGAAGCUCGUUCAGAAGAUGUUUGAUCAGAUCGACGAGUUGGCAGAAGACGAUAAGAACAUGGUGUUCGUCUUGAUUGACGAAGUUGAAUCGCUGGGAAUGUGCCGCGAAUCCUCGUCUUCCCGAUCCGAACCCGCCGACGCCAUCCGAGCCGUCAAUGCACUUCUCACUCAAAUAGAUCGAAUUCGUCGCAGAGACAACGUACUCAUUCUGUGCACUUCAAAUCUCGAAAACACGCUCGAUCGAGCACUUGUUGAUCGUGCCGACAUUGUCCGAAACGUUGGGGAACCAUCGGUUUUCGCUCUUUAUGCCAUGCUCAAAGCGUGUAUUCUUGAACUGAUUCGUAUUGGAAUCGUCGAAGAUGAGCCUUUACCGCAGGAUAUCAUGGACGUAAGCUUGUUUUUUCCAUUUUCUCGUGAACUGAUGGAAAGCAAGGCUGUCAGGCGGCCGGCUUUGUUUAUGCUUUGUUUAUGCUGGAUGCCGAGCGCACAGUGCACGGCGGCUCGGCUUUCCUGUCAUUUCGAUAUGCUCAGUCGAUUUCUGAAGAGACGGCCCGAAAUUUGUCACGGCGGCCGGCCGCGGACCUGUUUUUGACAGCCUUGAUGGCAAGGUCAUGUUUUUCAUAAAACUGCCGAUUUCACAAUGUUCACGUGAAGCCGUAAGCUAUUAUUCGAUUUUCAGAUUGACGGCAUUCCCAAUGAAUCCACGAACCAGUUGUACCGCAUCGCCGAAGAAGCACGCGGACUUUCAGGUCGUGCCAUCUCGAUGCUUCCGACGCUAGUGUACUCGAAAAGCCUGGAAGAUAAUAUUUCUCUCGCCAGCUGUUUGACACUGUUCUGGGAAGCCGUGCAAGAAAGAAAAAACCGAUCGUCUUCCAAAUGA